AUGGCAAGUCCCCUCGUUCGAUCGGCUCAGAGUGAGGAGCACGAGUACUGGACCGAUCCCAUCCUUUGCGAGGAGACUCGAGCCAGGCUCGAACAAUCCCGCAGCGCCGGAUGGCUACCUCCAAAUUUCAAACCCAACACCUUGAAAGAUAUCGCCGUCGUAGAGCGCUACUGGCGAAAGUUUUGCAUUCAGUCGAAUGAAGACUACGAUGAGUACUGGCGCCGCCUUUGUCAGUACUUCGAGCUGUUUUCCCGUCGCCGCGUCGGCGAUAACGCCCAUAAACAGAUGAGACGGUAUCUCGAGGGGCCUUUCCCGGCCGAGCGCAAAAUCCCCCGACGAACCAAGGACAAGAACACUCUGGAUGUAGAUGUCUUCUGUGUGAUCUACCGGCAUCACUGGGUCCAUUCGCGGUUCUUUCGACAUGGAAGUAUGGUCGUCCAAUUUGCUACAGUACAGCUAUGGUCUGCUAUUACCGGGACUCGCCCCGGCGUCUUGCUGUCACAGAAUAUUUCUCUGCCUGGUGAUCCGUCGUCUCUGGGCAAGCGCAAACGAGCUCAUGCCUUCCAAAGUGAUCUUCCGAAGUACAUAUCUAUGAAAGACCUUCCCGAAUCUGUCUGCUAUCGCGAUAUUGAACUUUUCUACCUGAAACACCGUCAGAGCAAACGUGAUGUUCUCUGUGCCAUCAUAGAGUUUCGUAAUCUAAAAGGUCGACCGGAGGGUGCUGAUGGAACCAGAUUUUUCAUGCAUGGUGAUUACCAACUAGUAUAUUGCCCUAUUGCUCAAAUAGUCUCGUUUGCUUUCCGCGAUGGAGCGUUUGUCAAUUCUGAUCUCACACCUGAGCUUAUUUGGCGGCUGCGAGAUCCCAAACAUCAAUCCUCCCUUCCCCUCCGUUGGAAGCCCGAAGUCCCCAAUACACCUCUCUUGCGACGCUUUGAGCGCACUCCGUAUGGUUAUGAACUUCAUGGCUCUCUAGCGAUGACUUACGAAUCAAGUCGGCAGGCUCUAAAAGAACUGGGUCGAGAUGCUAGAUUUGAAGACGACAUCGGACAUUACAAUUUUCGCCGUUGGACGGCAAACGAAGUUAAUCUCAGGAGCGGCAAAGAGUGCUUGGUCAGUCUGGCGACGCUGUUUUUGAAAAGCAUUACCAAUCACAAUUUAUUGGACGCGAUCUCCAGGAUGUUGUUCUUCUUCGACCGUCUCAGGAAGGGUUACUACGCUCUGCCGGGAGUAUGCUCAGGAAAAGGGAUCUUAAUGCUCCAUCCGAGCUCACCGAAACGCAUAAACGUGCUAUUUGUCAACCAUACGGAUAUUCUGCAGCUUCGACGAGAGAAGAGAGAACUCAGAGCCGAGAUGAUAUCCUUGGCAGGUAGUAUCAAAAAUACCCGAGAGCCCUUCCCGCAUCUCUACCAAAAGCAUGAGAAUGUCACAAAAGAUAUCUCUAAACUCCGAAAGAGGCUAGCAACUGACACGAGAGAGGCAGCUAGGAAAGACCAUUUCCAAAAUGCGCCCGUACUAGAAGUGGACAGACAGAUAAAGCAACUUCUUGGCGAGUUCGAUGAAGUCUCUGACGAUGAAAACACUGAUAAUGAAAGCUGGGAACUCCCUGUUCCUGAUUACGUAUUUGCCGAACGGGCUCGCUUGGUGGAAAACUUCUAUGGGCCCGAUGCAGAGAAUUUUGACGAGGACAAACUACUCGCUCGACGCAUCCAGGUUACCAAGGACAUGGUUGCGCUGAUGCAGUUGAACGAGCCGAGCAGGCGUGGAAAUCGAGUCAAUUGGGAUGUUGAUGAUGAAUAUGAAUUGCUCGAUCAGUCAGAAAUAUUGCUGUGCCUCGAAGAAGACACUAUGGAAUGUCCAACGAAUAUAUGCAUCAUUUGCUGUGGUCUAUCUCGCCAAUCAUCAUCGAAUUCUCCUCCGCAUAAAUUCCCCCACCACCGACAGGACUCUCUUCGUCGCCACUUAAUUGACAUGCAUCCGGCCCAUGCGCGCAACGGAAUAAGCUGCAAUUGGGAAAGCUGUCGCAACGUCCCUCAGUUCAGCGAUAUCACCAAAUUUUUGGCCCAUGCUUCUACUGAACAUUCAUAUGAUAUCAAACUCAAAUUGUGUCAUCUCCCACAGAUAUCACCAACUAGCUGCAGCGACGUUUCAUCUAGGGAAGUGUCUUUCGAGAUGGAGAAUCGACAAAUGACCGAGACUCCCGCCUCGUCUAUCGACCUCGAGCUGAAAAAUAUCGAUCCGCGCCUUUUGGAGGCACCCCCUCUUCCCAUAACGAUGGCUUUGCCGAAUCCAUCAGAUACUGAACUCCUCUCUUGCUCUGGCGGAUCACCAUCUAAAGAUCUUUCUCCCAACUCAGCCGAAACUCUAAUCAGAAGGUCGACGAGGAGCACGGCAAAGGUGACAGAAAACGCACCCGCGCAAGAAUCGGAGUCCCAACCUCAGCAUGUGAAGCGCUCAUCUCGGAAAACCCGUCAUGCAGAAAAGCCACAACGUGGAGAAAGGGAAGAGAACAAGGGACUGAACAGCAUGAAAGCUUCCAAAAAGCCUCCGCUGCGUCGAUAA